GGUCGACUGUCAAUCACGUGGACUCAAUCGAUAAUGAGAAAUGACGUCUAUUUAUUAUGACGCUGAAGGAAAAGAGCAGCUUCAUGGAUACCAGUUUGCCUCACUCGCAGAAGGCUCAUGAUUGGAGGAAAGUCGAGAGGCUCCGCUUACUUGAGUCACCUGCCUGGUCCACUUUAGAUCAGCAUGUUAGCCUAGCAUAGCAUGAGGACUACAACUAUGGCGAUUGUUGAUAGAAAUGGAAAGGAUAAAUGCAAUAAAAUGUUGCAUGUUGUGAAAUUUGCUGGAUUGGUUAUUGAUGAAUCCUUUCUAUGCGAUAAUGUCUACCUGCUUUUUACAAAAGGUAAUAUCAAUUAUUAAUAUAUUUACAGCUUUCGUUAAGUGUAAUCAUUGAUCAGAUGACACGCCUCAGCGGACACUAAUUGAUGAAGAAGUUUGUGUUUCAGGUGAAAGUCCACAGAGACUAACAAAAGAUUAUUAACCAUCUCACUGGAAGACGACGACGACGCUUUCUCGUGUCGUUGCUGCUUCACAUGGCUGCCAAUCAAACCCAAGAUGACUGCAAGAGUCAGGAUUACCUUCCAAGGGGGCGGAGCCAAGGGUCAAAGAAGGGGCCAACAGGAGAGCCGAAUGUGUCCACAGACAUGAUUUACACCAUCGAGGACGUCCCCCCCUGGUACUUGUGUAUUCUACUGGGACUGCAGCACUACCUGACAUGUUUCAGCGGAACCGUAGCGGUACCGUUCCUGCUGGCUGAGGCAAUGUGCGUGGGUCAAGACCAGAACACCGUCAGUCAGCUGAUUGGAACCAUUUUCACCACCGUUGGGGUCACCACCCUGAUCCAGACCACAGUGGGAGUCAGAUUGCCGCUAUUCCAAGCGUCUGCUUUGGCCUUCCUGAUUCCUGCACAAGCCAUUCUCAGUUUGGACCGCUGGAGAUGUCCAAGUCAGGAGGAGAUUUAUGGGAAUUGGAGUCUUCCACUUGACACGUCCCACGUCUGGCAACCUCGCAUCAGAGAGAUUCAGGGAGCCAUCAUGGUGGCGAGCACUUUGGAGGUCCUGAUUGGUCUUCUGGGACUGCCAGGAAUACUGCUGGAAUACAUCGGGCCACUCACCAUCACGCCCACUGUGUCGCUCAUCGGCCUGUCCGUGUUUACCACGGCUGGAGACCGGGCGGGGUCUCACUGGGGCCUCUCAGCACUGUGUAUUCUCCUCAUCGUACUGUUUGCUCAGUACUUGCGGGCAACUUCACUUCCUGUUCCUGUCUAUAGAAAGAAAAAAGGAGUCAAGUUCAUCCGAGUCCACAUCUUCAAAAUGUUUCCUAUCAUCCUGGCCAUCAUGCUGGUGUGGCUGCUUUGUUACAUCUUCACCCUGACCAACCUCCUGCCCACCGACCCAGGACGUUACGGACAUAAGGCCAGGACCGACGCUCGCGGCGACAUCAUGUCUUCAUCUCCCUGGUUCAGAGUUCCUUAUCCCUGCCAGUGGGGGUUGCCUGUGGUCACGUUUGCGGGGGUGUUGGGCAUGCUGAGCGCUACGCUGGCAGGCAUUGUAGAAUCUAUUGGCGACUAUUACGCCUGUGCUCGUCUCUCCGGAGCGGCUCCGCCUCCUGUCCAUGCCAUCAACAGAGGAAUCUUCACAGAGGGAAUCUGCUGCAUCAUUGCUGGACUUUUAGGGACUGGAAACGGCUCCACCUCCUCCAGCCCAAAUAUUGGAGUGCUCGGCAUAACGAAGGUGGGAAGCAGGCGAGUGGUCCAGUACGGAGCCGCCAUCAUGUUGCUGUUAGGAUCCGUUGGGAAAUUUACCGCCCUGUUUGCGUCCCUGCCAGAUCCGAUCCUCGGAGGAAUGUUCUGCACGCUCUUUGGCAUGAUCACGGCUGUCGGUCUGUCCAACCUGCAGCUGGUGGAUCUCAACUCGUCCAGAAAUCUUUUCAUUCUGGGCUUCUCCAUGUUCUUUGGUCUGACUCUGCCCACGUACCUGGACACGCACCCCAACUCCAUCAACACAGGUGUGGCAGAACUCAAUCAAAUCCUGACGGUCCUUCUGUCCACGGAGAUGUUUGUUGGCGGUUUCCUGGCUUUCUGCCUGGAUAAUACAAUUCCAGGUUCUAGGCAAGAGCGUGGUCUGCUUGAGUGGAGAGCGUUGUCUUCCUCGUCCACCUCCUACGACCUUCCCGUCGGGAUGGCUCUGAUCCGGCGGGUGCACUGCCUCAGGAAAUUUCCAAUAAGCCCCACAUUCACAGGCUGGACUUUGUCUGAAGACCCACCCCAUUCUGGUGAGAGGGAGGAGCAAGGAGGACGGGAGGUGGAGCAAGAAAUAGUUGGGGAGGAGCUUGGACAGGGAGGAGCUGACAAGUCAACCAAAGUCUAAUUGUCGGAUUUUGGCAUCGAAUGUUUCUCAUUUCACACUUGUACACAUCACACACACAUGCAGGUGUGUGCUUUAUGCCAUAUACUUGGUGUCCCAAAAACUUGAAAUAAUGAUCAGGCCCAUAAUUAUCAGGCCGAUAUGACGGAAUUAUGUUGUCAUUCUGAUAAAUCCGAUAACAUUAAAAAUUUCUCAGAUAACCGAUCAUUUCAAAAAACGCUCCAACGUGGUGAGAUCACCCGUACCGUGCAGGUGAGCAAAUGAAGCACGGUCUGUCAUAACUUCCCCUGAGCUCACUUGGAAACAGACCUUCAUUUUCCCAGGAAGACAUUUUGUGUGCUAGUUGUACCAAAUGCUCCACGAUGAGGGGAAAAACAACCCCAUCCAGCACACAAAAACCUUACCAGCCACCUGAAACGCCAGCGCCGCGGCGUUUGGAAAGUGCAAAAGGUUUGCCGGAGACCUCUGUGGAGACACACCAGCUGCUCGGAAUGUGUGCCCGAAUACAGUGCACCUUGCUGGACCACAGCAGGUGGCUCCUCCUCCUCUAUACUCUGGUUCUCCUGGUAGCAGUGAUGUUGUGAUGUAGUAGUAAUGUCAUCAUAUUUGAUUAGGACAAAUCAACAGGUACACUUGGUCAAAUCCUAAUUUAUUCCAGUCCUUCUUACCUCCAGGUGUGCACAAACUCCACUAAGUAAA